UGUCCAGGAGCGAAACAUGCGAUGGUUGAUCUGUACAAACAAGCUGAGGUGUCCCUUCGCGAGGCCGUCCUUGGUCAGGAAUGCAGCUGUGUGAGAGAGUGGAGGCCCUCAAUUGUGGAUGCGCAGGGCGAGAUUGGCAGCAUGGAUGAGUUAGUUGACUUGAGGGCAGAGGUGCCGCCUGGAAUGGCAGAAAGGCAACGACGGGAGGCAUACCGACUGAAGACGCUUCCAGGUUGGAAACACGAGAGGGGACGCAGGGCAGGGACAAAGGAGAGAUGGAUGAGAUCUGGGACAAAGGGUGAUGAAUCAAUCAAUCGUUUUGGUGUGUGUAUUCACUGAUUGACUGUGCAGGUUGUGUGUUUCUCCGGCCUGGCUGAGUGAGGAUGAGCAGCUUCUUCUGGCCCACGAGUGCGUCACAUCCUACAUUGAGGCGAGCAACCAAGCCAGCACACAAGCAGCCAGUGACUGAUUUAUAAAGCAGCUGACAGGCAUCCGUCUGUUUGAUUGCUGUUUGUGUACAGCCCCCACACAGGACCAAUCUCACUGGCUUCGAGGAGGCGGCACGGGAAUUCUGGCGUACAUACGCACACUCUCAGUAGAUAGAGGUCUGCUCUGCGGAUGUGCUGCUGUCUGUUCGGCUUUCAGCGUCAAAUGAGGCAAUCUUCACCAGGCUGCGAUGGGCCACGCUGGUUGGUCAGAGGAACGGAAACAAACCCAUCUGAGGACUAUAUUGCAAAGGGAUAUGAUAGGUGAUUGAAUGGUGUCUGUCUGUCUCUGUCUUAGGGCUACCAAUACAAGUGUGUGUCUACGAUGCGGCACCUCCCUCCCUCCCCGUCUAUGCCCUCCCAUCAUCAUGAUGCACUCUCCAUCCCAUUCGUUCCUUUGCCCGUCCGUCCAUCAGCUGGACUACCCGCCAAUACGACGACCGCCUGCCCUUCACAUAUGGGCUCACGUGUCUCUGUCGGGAGAUCAUGACAGAGCUAUCGCGUCAGUGUCAGCUGCUGGCUCAAGAGCUGCACCUGACCGGCGACUACACACCGCAGGUCAGAUCAGAUCUAUUGGGUCUCUGGGACAAAGGACCAGAGAGCGUCACCUCACCCGACGGUCAAACGAAUGCACAGUCUGUCCACACAGCUAUCUUAUGAAUCAUGUCGUGUAGGCGGCCAUAGUGAAUCUCUACCGGCGGACCGACCGACUGAGAGGUGGGGAAGCACGCCCUGGCAGGCAGGCAGUUGGUGACCGGUCGAUCGAUCGAUGCGGAAACAUAUAUGCGGUGCGCGUGUGCGAUGCAGGGCACCAGGAUGAUGCCGAGACCGACGCCACUUCGCCGCUCGUGUCCAUUAGGUAGGUGCGCAACCUCAUAAUUACUCAUAGUGUCUACGCACGUGUCCCGUCCCCUGCCUCCUUGUUCGCAGUUUGGGUUUGCCUGGCCUGUUUCUCGUUGGUGGCGACACAAGACAGUGAGUGAGCUGGCCGGGCUGCUGAGGGAGGGAGGGAGGGAGGGAGGGAGGAGGCAGUCAGAACAGAGCGACACCCAUAUGUGUGUGCGCUGCGCUAUUCAGGCUGUCUCCCCAGCCCGUGGUGCUUCGCGGAGGCGACGUACUGCUGCUGGCCAGCACAGCCCGGAAGUCUCUCCACGGUACGCAGGCAGGGUGGCGGGACGGCACACACACCCUUGCCAAGAAGUAUGCUCGGUUAUGUUCCUUCAGGCAUAGCGGCCAUUAUGGAUCCACAACCUGGUGCCAAGACGGAACAUGGCGAGCAAGACGGAGGGGAGCCAGCCCCGCCAACAGCGGCCGGUGCCGGUGCUGGCAGGAGGUGGCAGGAAUCGACUGCAGUGGGGUCGUUGGAGGGUUUGAGUGGUGAUGAGCGUGUGGGGCUGAUGGACCUGCUGGCCAAGACACGUAUCAAUCUGAGCAUCAGACAGGUCAACCAGGGGGGCAGAGUGACGUGACCAUUCUGGAAGAGGGAUGCGACAGACCGCCCAGCUCCGGUGGUCGAUGCAGUCAAUCAUGUGGUGCUGAUUGAUGUGAUGUUGUC